CGAUGAUCCACUGCUACUAGAUACUGAAGCCUGGUAAAUGAAAGCUUCUUCCAUUCCGUCCAGAACCAUUUGAACCGUUUGUGGAAGAAUAGUAUUUGCGUGGGAGAUUUGUCUUCACAAGGUCGUGCGUAAUGCUGCCUCUCAUACUCUCAAUUUUAUUGUCGCCAGUUUCAGCUUUAGAUGUCUCUGGUUACACUCCUGAACAUAGGUUCAGGGAGAGUAGGUUCUGUACCUUAAUUUAGAUUUAGUAGAUGGGGUUUUCAGUCAGAUGGAUGGAAUUUCGAUUAAAUCAUCGUCUGGAGUUCUAACUUUAGUUUCCAGGGGUCAUGUAUUUUCAACCGACGAAAAACAGCAGCUGCAGGAGUCUGCCAGAGCCGGGUACAUGUAUAGCGUUCGUAUGCCUGCUAAAAACGAAGAAUAUAUUGAAGCUUCGAUUCGUUCGUGUCAAAUUAUUGCCUCUAGGAUGAGAUUAAAGCUCACAGUUAGCGUGAAUGACGCCGGGGACCCAGUUGCAAUACAUUUGAGCACUCCGAAGUAUGAUUGCUCAUAUGACAUUUCUGAGAGUUUUCUGGACCUUCCAGAUUUAUCUAUAAGUUUAACAGUACAGAAACCGAAAUUAGGACCAAGUCCGGAAACUGCAAAGUAUCUAGAGAAACUAGAGAAGCAACGCGAAGAAAUGGCUCGUUCUGAGCAAAGUGACAAUCGUUCUUUCUUUGCUAAAUAUUGGACCUACAUUAUUCCAGCAGUUUUCUUAUUUAUUCUGUUCUCCAGUAUGCAAGAUCCUAAUGCAGCUGGAGGAAAUGUUGGAGGCGGUAAUCAGCAGUAGACGAAAACUUAGUACAAACCAAUCCAUAAUACUAUUUAAGUAUUUUGUAAAUUGUGUUUAGUUCUAACGAUACUUGUAUGUUUAUUUUAUAUGUUAUUUUUCAUUUUGUUAAUAUAAAGUUUUGACUUG